CACAAGAUCAAUGCACUUGGGGAGUUGUCUCUCAAAAGAAUUUCAAGCCUCUUCUUUUCUUCUCAACUUUCGCUCCUAACCCAAAUUUUUUCCCUCUUUUUCUUGUUCAUUUUGAAUUUUUUUCCCUCUCACUCUAUACACCCACUAGUUCUAUCUACCCAAUUACUUUAAGAAAUUGCUUCACAUUUAUUACUACCUUUUCAAUGCUCUACACUUUAAAUUCUUAGCUUGUGUGAGCAUUGGGAUUUUACGCGAGCCUGGCUGCUAGGAAUUGUUCAGCGUUGAAGGCUUGUCUUUGCGUCUCAUUUAAAUGUAUUGACUACUGAGACUAGCUGAUGUUUUGGUGAUUGUUUCUAGAAUGGUUGAAUAUUUUGGAUGAUAGUGGUCUAAAGGUAGAUAGGUUCAGAAAUCCAAGUGUUCAGUCUUUAUGUCGUAUCAGCCAUGGAAUGUAACAAAGAGGAGGCGAUCCGAGCAAAGGUAAUCGCUGAACAGAAGAUGCAAAAUGGUGAUUUCGAUGCUGCAAAGAAGUUUGCAUUGAGGGCACAGAAAUUGUUCCCUGAGCUUGACAACAUAACCCAAUUGUUGGCAGUUUGUAAUGUUCACUAUUUUGCAAAACACAACAUAUACGGGUCAGAAAAGGAUUGGUAUGGGAUUCUUCAAACCGAACAGUUAGCUGAUGAGAGUUUAAUCAAGAAGCAGUUUAGAAAGCUUGCACUAUUGCUUCAUCCAGACAAGAAUAAAUUUCCUGGUGCUGAGGCUGCUUUUAAGCUAAUUGGGGAAGCAAACAGAGUACUUUCAGACCAAAUGGCUCGUUCACAAUAUGAUUUGAAGUGUAGAGCCUCAGUGAAAACUAUACCAAAGCCAACUUCUCACCCAUCAAAUAGGGCAUCCUCUGUCUAUAGUCAGUCUGGUUUUGCUAACAACUACAAGAAUUGUGCAUCAAAUUUCACUGCUUCAAACGUCUAUCAGCAAGCACAUCAUCUAAAAUUUUGGACCCUCUGCAGUGUUUGUGGUUUCAAGUUCCAGUGCGACAAAGAUUUUGUGAACAGGAUGUUCCGUUGUCUUUCAUGCGGAUCUAUCUUCAUUGCCCAUGACUUGGGUCUUCAGGGAUACUCUUGGAAUCAGUUCUCCAAUCAGGUCCCGUGUAACUCAUCUUCGCAUUACAAUAGUGGCAAGCCUUCUGAUGUGCACGUCCCACAUAAAUUUGCCGGGUCUGCUCCCAUUCCAAAGGCAGGAAGCUUUCAGGUUGGUGGUUUUAAGAAACAAGAGAAAGUAGGGGUUAAAAUGCACCAGUCUAAGGAGGGGUUCACAGAUCUGAAAGUAGAUGAGAGUUCAAACAUGAAAGAUAGAAAGAAAGGUGUUGAAAAGCAUAAGCCCACUGCUGCAAAGCCGAAGGAAUCAGGAACUUCAAGAAAUGCCAAGCAGAAGAGAGGGUGGAAGUCAGUAGAAGAGUCUGAUGGAAGUUGUGAAACUGGCAGUGGAAUCAAAGGUGAAAAUGUGGUUUGUAAGGAAGAUUGCAAUAAUAAUAAUAGGGCAAAUUCAAACUUGAAUGGAGGCAAUCCUUCUAGGAGAUCUUCAAGGCAAAAACAACCCAUUUCUUAUGAGGAAAAAAUGGCAGAUGAUGAUGAUGAUUUUGCAAGCCCAUGUAAAAAAUCUAAGAUAAGGACACCACCCAAUGCCAAUGAGGGAAAGGUGGAUGAUGAGGUAAUGAAAAAGGAUAAUUCCGGUGGCUUUACAACUGCUGCAGAUGUAUAUAAGAAAGAAGUCAAACAGAAAGCAAGUGCCCCUCCUGAAGAUGACGUCAUGAGAAACAAAAGGAAAACUGGAGAGUCUAAAGGGAAGGAGGAGGAAACUGUUAUACUUGAUAAAAAUAAAGUGCACCAGUUUGAUAGUGGUUUAGAGUCAAGUAGAGAUAUGAAUCCAUCUCCUCGGGAACUUGAAUACCCUGAUCCUGAGUUCACUGAUUUCGAUAAGUACAGGUUGGAGAACAUUUUUGCUGUUAAUCAAGUCUGGGCUAUAUAUGACACAUUGGAUGGCAUGCCAAGAUUUUACGCACAGGUGAAGAAGGUGUACCAUCCUGGUUUCAAGCUACAAAUUACUUGGCUAGAGGCUGACCCGGAUGAGGAAAAACAGCAGAACUGGGUCUAUCUGGAUCUGCCUGUUUCUUGUGGCAAGUACCGCAAUGGCUCAUCAGAGGCAUGUGUAGAUCAUCUGAUGUUCUCCCAUCGGAUUGACCCCAUUAAACUUUCCAGUAAAUGCUUUUUUGUUUAUCCUCGGAAAGGGGAAAUUUGGGCUCUCUUCAAAGAUUGGGAUGUUAAAUGGAUUUCAGAACCAGAAAAGCAUAAACCACCAUACCAGUAUGAUUUUGUGGAGGUUCUCACUGAUUUUGAUGAGGAAGUUGGCAUUGGGGUUGCUCAUUUGGGUAAAGUGGAAGGGUUUGUCAGUAUUUUCCGACAAACUGAACGUGAUGGAGUUAUCUCAUUUCAGAUUUUAUCAUGUGAGCUUUAUAGAUUUUCACAUCGAGUUCCCUCAUUCAGAAUGACUGGUAAUGAAAGAAAAGAUAUACCUGUGGGAUCUUUUGAGUUGGAUCCUGCUUCUCUUCCUACAUACCUUUUUGAGCUGGUUGAUUCUGGUGAUAUGAAGCCGAGUAAUGAGGAUGAACGUAUCGAAGCUAUAAGAGAUUGCAAAUUGACUCAGCCCAAAGGAAGUUCUAUUUCAAAUGAUGCUGUGGAGGAGAUGAACAACGAGAAAAAGUGUGAGAAAAAUGAUCACACCACAGAUUUCCUAAAACUCCGUAGCUCACCAAGAGAUUUGAGCAGCAGUCAAGCAAAUGCUAGUCAAAAUGACACUAGGGAAAAUGUUGCAAACUUGCAGUGAUGAUGAUUUGAAUUCUCAUAUGAUCUGCAUUAGGGCUCAUCUUGCAGCUUCUAUUUGGGGUGAAGUGAGUUGGUUUUUUCUCCAUGUUUAUUUGCAUAUGUAAAUGCUUAUCUGAUGGUAUACGUUCUAUUUUUCUUAUGGUUGACAUUUUAAUGGCCUUUGAUUGGACUUGUGAUGUCUCUUUUUAUGUGCAUGUUCAUUAUUUCUUUUUCUCCGUCAUCUAAAAUUUGAAAAUGUAGCAAAUAUUAGAAGUUUCAAACAUUAUGCUGUUUGGUUUUUCCUUGAUCCCAUUCAUGCCAUGUAAAUUUUGGUAAACAAAAGUGGAUUAGGGCUAACUACAUUGUUAAUGAAUUCAAGACUUGAAAUGAACUUUUUCAAAGAUCCUCAUCAAGUCCUGGCCUAGAUUAGGGCUAUUAGAAGCUGAAGAUGGAUGAGGGUCAUAAUGGCAAUGAGUCAUAAUGUGCAAUGAGUGCUGCAACCAAACCAGCAUUGCUUGCUAUGCUUGGAUCAGUGAACCACUGUUUGCCCCUUUCAUUGGAGAAAUCAUCCAACCGAUCUGGUCCAGCAACCAUUGCUCCCAAAAUUGUAUUCGGAUUUGGAUAUUACGAGUUCAGCCAUCUGCUACCUUCGGCACAGGAGUGAUAUUGACCAUCCCAAGGAAUCGAUGCCUUCGGCUGUGAACUCGUGUUGGAUAGUGAUCUACAAAGCCG